AUGCGACUUUUCCUGAUACUUGUCGGCGCAGCUGAGACCACCACAGGGAAAAAGUUGAACAGUUUUAUCGAACUCGGCAACAAGUUGAUGAGCCAACCAACACCAUGUCCGCCUUCGAUCGGUCCAUCGCUUCCACCGAAUCGACCACCAGAAGAUGUAGUAGGGGCUGAUGAGUUAAUGAAAGCGGCUGGAUGGGACACCAUCCCACUGUUUAUGAAGGACUUGCCCAAGGAGCUCAAUCAAUCCGAUCCGAAGGCACCGGCCAACCACUCGCUUGAAGCUCUCCAGGCGCUGAUUUACGACGAGGAUGAAGACGAAAAGCUACGGUCACUCGAAGCUCUGAAGGCACGAGCAAAUGAACUGUUUGGGUGCCGAGAUUACAGACAAGCUUUAGGGUUCUAUAAACAGGCCAUCGACAUAUUGGAAAAGCCGGCUUCUGCGGAUCCUUCACACGCCGAGCCCGAAUCAAAAGCCAACGCCAAGAUUCCCCAAGAGCUCCGAAACUCAAUAUAUUCAAACCGCGCUGCCUGCCAUCUUUCCUUAGGGAAUUUCAGAUCGUGUCUAACGGAUUGCGCAACAGUUCUGAGUCCCCCUCUCCCGAUACCUGCGACCAAACUAGUCCGGAAAUGCUUCUUUCGGAGUACAAAAGCUUUGGCAUCACUCGAACGAUUCGAUGAGGCAUUAGAUUGUGUCAACAAAUUAUUGGCAAUUGAUCAGCGAGACCAUCUCACAGAUGAUGAAGAACCUCGAAAACUAAAACAAGAAAUUGAACGCCAAAUCGCCCAUCGUCAGGCUGAAAAACGGGCGAAAGAAUUGGCUAUUGAAAGGCGAAAGGGGUUGGAAAAGGCUUUGAAGCAUACACUUCAAUCACGCGGAAUUCUCGUCCCAACUCACUGUCCGUUUCCGCCACCUGAAUCGAGUCUACCCGCAGGAUUCGAGCCCGUUCAUUUUGAAGAGAUUCCGACGGACAUCGAACCAGCCAGGCUAGUCGAGACGAUGAAGGAGAUCCCGCUGAUAUACCCGGUAUACGUGCUCCGACCAAAGGAUGAAUAUCCAACGAGAGAUCUCGUACUACGUUGGCACGAGGAUGAUCAGAUAAGUGCUCAUCUUGAGGCACUUUGUGGUGGGACAGAUAGCCAUCAUCUUUAUCUGAUUACCUCCAAGCAGAGGAUUCUCAAGUGCGGCAACAACCUCACCAUCAGGAAAAUCUUAAACUCAAUCUCCAAGAAUCAGUCCGGCGAUUCUCUGUGUCUGGGUGAUCUGGGGAAUUUGGAAUUCUUUCUUUUGCCAGUAGGGCAGUUGGAGAAAGAGUGGAUAGAUAUGACAAAAAGAAGUUUCUCUAAAAUGUCCUAG